AUGGAUGGUGCAGCCGGUGGUGACAUGACACCAAUUGAUCGUGCAGCCAGCGAUGACAUGGAACCGGUUGAUGUCACAGCAACCUCGGACAUGGCACCGACUGAUUGUGCAGCCAGUGGUGACAUGGAACCGGUUGAUGGCACAGCAACCUCAGACACGGCAGUGAUUGAUGGGACAGACACCACCGACAUGGCAGCAACCGAUUUUGCAGCCAACUGUGACGUGGCACUGGUUGAUAGCACGGCAACCUGUGACAUGGCACCAUUCGAUGGCACAGCCACCUCUGCCAUCGCACCAAUGGAUGGCACAGACAGCUCUGACACGGCACAGGCCGAGGGCAUAGAAACUUCUGACCUGGCACCGAUGGAUGGCACAGCCACCUGUGACACCGCGCUGACCGACACCGACACAAGCUCUGACACGGCACCAACU